GAAUCUGCAGAAUAGUAAGCUUAAAGCAGUUAUUUAGUUCUUGGCAGAUAGAAAAAACAGGAAUAAAAUCAAUGAGAAUAGUAGAAAAAGUGUUUUUUCUUUUUUCUUAAUCGUUCGUUAAUCGAUAUGCGAUACAAUUCAUUAUGAUAACAUUUGGCAAGUAGUUUAAAUGUAGUGUUUGUGUUACAUUCAUUGUUUUUGUAAAAUAUGUAACAUUAGUCAUAGGACUAUAUUUUUGUUUCGAGCUUCAUGUUGCGCCUGAUCAAUACACUCCCUCUCAGGUCACAAAUUGACCGAAAUAUUCGUACCGUGCUUGUUCGUAAUUAAUAUAGAAAGUUACAAUACUGUUUAUUUUGUUUUAAAGUUGGUUAUUGAUUUUCUAUAAAAUACAAUAAGGAAGGAGGAAAAUAAUGGCAUUUAAGAUCAAACAAGAAAAAACGGCACCCGAGCUAGAAAGUGCAAGGGCAAAGCUAGAAGAAGCAUUACAGUACAUUAUGGAAAAGACAGAUGAAAGCCCUUCAACUUCUGAAGAUGAAUGCAAUAAAGGUUUGACAGAAAUAAUUAUUAAGAGGGAACCUUCUCCUGUUUCUUCUCCUGCCAAGAAACCUGCUCAGAGAGCUCAGAGGAAGCGUCGUAGAAAAGAUGAAUCAUUGAAUAAAAACACAAAUUCUUAUGUGAUGAAACUAUUUGACCGUGCUGUUGAUCUCACUCCAUUUACUGAGAAGACUCCACUGUAUCCUAUCUGCAGAGCUUGGAUCAAUAACCAGUCAUUGUACAAUGCAAGUCAACAACCAAAGGAGGAACCGACUGCCGACGAGAUUGAAACUUGUGAUGAAGCUGAUAAGGUUCUAGAAGACCCCAACUCUGAAGAAAUUCGCCAGCUACCCCCACCAAGACCUUUAAAUGGUCGGGAUUUACGAAUACCAUCACCCAUUCCACAACCAGAAGAAGUCUUUACAGUUUGUUCAGAUGACCAAAAUGAUUUAACAAAAGAAACACUGAUGGCAAAACACCUACAGCGUUGGAAGGCAGUGCGUCGAAAAUGGAAACAAGCUGCUAAAGCCAAUGAAGAUCGUUACAAGGAGAGUGGUGCAAUAUUAAAGGCUAUGUUUGAAAGAGCUCAGUGUCGUGAAGAAACAGUGUCUGCAGAUCAUUGGGAAGCAGUGACAUCAGUUUCAUAAAUCUGGCUUUUUAAAUGAAGAUUUUCCGAUGCAAGAAAUCUCAACUAGGAGAAACAGCAGUACAUCAUUUUAAACAUUGUGUUGAUAUGUGUAUUUAAAUUUUAUGACAUUGUAUAACAUUCUUUGUAAUAUAGUAGUAAAACUAUAUUAGUUUGACUUAAUCUAUGUACAAGGAUAGGAUUUUAAACAAAUUGGGUAUUAACUUCAUUUUUUUUUUACUUGUAAUCACCCGGUGUAAUAAAAUUUUAUGAAAAUACAUUAGUAAA